AUGUCCUCCACAACCCCAACAAUCCUCCUCCUAGGAACAUGCGACACCAAACUCCCAGAACUCCUCUACACAAAAGCCGCCAUAGAAUCCCAAACCAACCCGCACUCAAACCAAAAAAUAAAAGUCCACCUAAUGGACAUCGGCCGCACCCAAACAACCCACGAAUCAAUAACAACAACCCAAAAAGAAGUCCUCUCCAACACCAACACUAACACAGACCUCUCAUCCCUUAGCAGGGCAGAAUACAUAAAAACCCUAACACCACACGCCACAUCCACCACAAAAGCCCUCUACGAAUCAAACGCCAUCCACGGCAUCCUAUCCAUAGGCGGGUCCUGCGGUACAGCGCUCUCAACAGCUGUCAUGCGCGACGCCUUACCGGUAGGAUUCCCGAAGUUGAUGGUGUCAACAAUGGCAUCGGGUGAUGUAGCGCCUUACAUUGGUGAAACGGAUAUUACUAUGAUGUACAGUGUUGUUGAUAUUGCUGGCACGAAUCGAGUGCUUGAGACUGUUUUGGGGAACGCAGCAUGUGCAAUUGUUGGAAUGGGGGUUGGGUUUUUAAAGAGGGCCUUGUUCGAACAGGAACAGGAGAAGAAGGAGACGGAGACUGGAAGUGAGGGCCAUGUUGGAAAGGCGCGUUCCACUCAAAUCGCAAUAUCAAUGUUCGGCGUCACGACACCGGCUGUCACGCAUGCGCGCCAAUAUCUCGAGACGAUUCUUCCGAAUUGUGAAGUUUACGUGUUCCACGCUACAGGCUCUGGAGGUCGAGCCAUGGAGCGGUUAAUUCGGGAAGGGAGGAUCGAUGCAGUUCUCGAUUUGACGACGACGGAGAUAGCAGAUGAGGUCGUUGGCGGGGUCUUGAGUGCCGGACCGGAGAGAUUGUGUGCAGCCACUGAGCGGGGGAUUCCGAGGGUUGUCAGUGUGGGUGCUUGUGAUAUGGUUAAUUUUGGGGGUGUGGAGAGUGUUCCUCGCUCUUUCCGGGAGAUGAAGAUGGAUGGUGGGAAGGGGAGGUUGUUUCAUGAGCAUAAUGAGACUGUUACGCUUAUGCGGACUACGGGGCAGGAGUGUGCUGCUAUUGGGAAGGUUAUUGCGAGGAAUUUGAAGGGGGGUGGGGAUGGCGCUUCCCAACGGGGGAGGACGCGAGUAGUUUUGCCUGUUGGGGGAGUUAGUAUGCUUGAUGUUCCUGGGGGGCCGUUUUGGGAUCCUGAGGCUGAUGAGGUGUUGUUUUCGACGUUGGAGGAGGAGUUGAAGGGGAGUGGGAUCUCCGUGGUGCGAGACUCUCGUGCAAUCAAUGAUCCCGAGUUUGCAGUUGCUGUAGCUGAUGAGAUGGUCAAAUUGAUCCGGGGGGAGUGA